CGGGCCGCACGCACGAUAAAAUGAAAAUAGAUACAGAAAAAGUAAUUUAUGAAGUGCAACAGCGGCCCUUAUUGUGGCACAGACGAAAUGAAUUGUACAAAAGCCGGGCCGCGAGAGCUGCUGCUUGGCUGGAGAUCUGCCAUGAAGUAAUUCCAAAUUUCGAGGACCUCACUGAGGAUGAACAGACGGAUAUCGACAAAAAAAUUCAACAGAGAUGGCGCACAGCCCGGGAUAUGUACAAAAAGGAGAAAAUGGCCGACAAUCAAGGUUUCGGAGCGAAGAAGAAAAAAAAGUACGAACAUUUUAAAAGUUUGACUUUUCUGGACAAGGAGAUCGAAGGGACAGAGGACUCGUUGCCUGAAGCCGAUGACGAGCCAUCUUCACCCACCAUGCCGCCGUUCACUUUUGUACCCCUUAUACCUUCGUCAGAUCCAACCCACCAGCAGGCCAACCCAGCACAUCCACCACAGAAGAGAAGAGCGACGUCUGAAUAUGAAAAUAGUUUAACAGAACAUCCAAAGAGACAUCGGCUGGAGUUAGAAGGCGAAGAUUUAGCCUUUUUCCAAUCGCUGCAGCCCAGUUUAAAGAGGUUUACAAAUUACCAGAAGCUGAUGUUUAGGACAAGAGUGAUGCAGGUUAUCAUGGAGAUGGAUAGCCAGAAUAUGAAUUGUGCAGCGUGCGGCCAGGACCGAGUUGUCAUAAAGGAGGAAGGCGACUUCUGAUUUUGGAAAUAUUUUACUAGAGCAGGGUUUCUCGAAGUGGGGUACGAGAACCCCUAGGGGUUCGCCAUUCGACGGCAGGGGGUUCGCGG